UACAAAUACUGAAAAGAAAAUGGGUUAAAAUCUUGUGCUAGUGGAAACAUCCUGGGCUGUGUGUAAUGUCAGGCACCAAACAAAAUAACAAGAUCUUGCUGUGAGAGAAAAGCAAGUGGUUAGGAAUAGUUCCUCGGUAUUGGUAAAAACAAGGUCAGAGCCUGAGAUGCCUGUGUCUCUUACACAGACCCAGUGGGAGAGCUGAGGGUAGUAUUAAUGGAUAGCCCACAAAAGGCAGAGCAAAGGAGGAGCAGAGAAGGUAGAAUGGGUGGUCCCUAUUUGUUUGUAACACAGGAACAGUAUGAAAUAAACUUUGAAGGCAUCAUAAUUAAAUUGACAAUUAUUUAUUUAGUGAUAACUUGAAAAUCUAAUAGUUAAAAAUAACAAAAUAUUCCCUUGGGAGUUGAUAGAUUUUUGUACUAGGUGUAAGCAACAAUUAGUUAAAAGGAUGACAGCUGUAUGUACAAAGAGCCUUCCCAAUGCCUGCAGCUAGAUGAACAGAACUGCUCGGGGAUAGAGAGCAUUGCACAGCACAAGGUGUGCAACUCACUGGCAUCUUUCACCAGGCUUCUGUAACAGGCAUCCUCAUGGCUGCUUACUGAAGGUAAGGGUUUACUGUUUUGUUUGAGACAUGCAGAGCUGGGUCCUGUCCAAGCAAGGAGCAGCCUGAGAUUAGCACCUUUAUCAAGUUCCUAUCGUCUCCUAUCAGAUUUGCUGAGAAAAGGCACUAGUAAAUACACACAUAAUCUUUGCUUCAGUCUUAAGAGGCAAAAAGCAUAACAGAGAGCAGAGCUAGACAGAAGUUUUCCCCGGGGGAAGAGGCAGAAGAAUUACUGAAAGAAACUGGAACAAAUGCCAGCAUAAACAGUACAUAAAUUAUAGGAUGUUAAGACUGACAAAAAUCAGGACCCAGAAACCAUCAGGAAAGACGUUCUGAAGAAACAGGCAAAGAUACAGGGGGCGGGAAAUACAUUUCAACGUCCUUCAGUCUUUUUGUAAACGACGCGUUGUGACCUAGGGCAGCCUGGAGCAGCAGCUAUUUGCAAGAGCGGCUGGAAGCGCAGGACGAUGCCCUCGUUGUUACAGCCACAAACACAACAGGCAUUGCACUCGCUGUUUGCCUCCUGUGGGUGCGCGGGCCGUCCCUGCACACACGCGGGCAGCAGGAGGCUUUAUAGCUUCCCGAGUCCCGCUCGCGGCUCCCGGCACGGCGGUCGCGGUCCCUGCGGGCGCCUCGCCCCGCUGACUCCGCCCGCCCGAGGGGCCACCGGAGAAGCUCCGCUCGGCUGCCCUGCCUCGCCGGGGCGGUCGGGCGCUUCUUCGCAACGCGUUUCCACGCCGGGAUCCCCGGUCGCGGUGACGGGGCGGAGGCAGCGGAGCGAUGCAGGAACUCAGCGCUUAGCGCUCCCAGGCGCCGAGCCUAGGGCAGGAUUUCGAAGGGACCGACUCUCCAAUCAAGAUCCAGAUGCCUUUCUUUGAGUAGCCUCCCAAUGACCUCAGCAAACGUAUCAAGAAAUGGCAUUACUCACUGGGAAUGCAGAUCCUGCGUUCAGCUCCUACUCCUUCAGUAAGUUGGAAAAUUUGUGUGAAGUGCAAACCAAGAAAGGAUUUUUCUACAGAAAGGCCAAACUUUUGCACCCCAAUGAAGACUUGUGCUACUUAGCACGCCUGGAUGACCGGACCAGAUUUGUGAUCAUCAAUGUAGGUGGUAUUAAAUACAAAAUUCCUUGGACCACCUUGGAGAACUGCCCUUUGACCAGGCUUGGGAAGCUGAAGUCUUGCAACAAUUAUGAUGAGAUCAUGAACAUCUGUGAUGACUAUGAUGUUAGCUGCAAUGAAUUUUUUUUUGACCGUAAUCCUAGUGCCUUCAGGACGAUCAUGACUUUCUUGACAGCUGGGAAGCUGAGACUUCUCAGGGAGAUGUGUGCUCUUUCUUUUCAGGAGGAGCUUGUGUACUGGGGGAUAGAAGAGGACCACCUGGAGUGGUGCUGUAAAAAGAGAUUGCAACAGAAAGAGGAGGAGGCAGCUGAAGCCAGGAUGUAUGAAGGGGAGAUGAUGUUUAGUGAAACUACUCAAUGUGCCUUCCAGGACAAUAACUGGUUGAGUUUGUGCAUGAGAAAUCUCAGGGAUAUGGUGGAGAACCCCCACUCAGGGAUUCCAGGGAAGAUCUUUGCUUGUAUUUCAAUCUCUUUUGUUGCCAUCACUGCAGUCAGCCUCUGUAUCAGCACCAUGCCAGAUGUCAGAGAAGAAGAAGAUCGGGGUGAAUGUUCACAGAAGUGCUAUGACAUCUUUGUGCUGGAGACAGUGUGCGUGGCCUGGUUUUCAUUUGAGUUUCUCCUGCGGUCCAUCCAGGCAGAGAACAAGUGUGCUUUCCUGAAAACCCCGCUCAACAUCAUCGACAUCCUGGCCAUCUUGCCUUUCUACGUCUCCCUCAUUGUGGACGUGGCUUCCACAAAAAACAGUAGCAAACCUGGCGGGGGAGCAGGGAACAAGUACCUGGAACGAGUGGGCCUGGUGCUGCGCUUCCUGCGGGCCCUGCGCAUCUUGUACGUGAUGAGACUGGCGAGGCACUCGCUGGGGCUGCAGACUCUGGGGCUCACUGUGCGCCGCUGCACCAGGGAGUUUGGGCUCCUCCUGCUCUUCCUUUGUGUUGCCAUGGCCCUCUUCUCACCACUGGUGUAUUUGGCUGAGAGUGAACUGGGAGCCAAGCAAGAAUUCACAAGCAUCCCUACCAGCUAUUGGUGGGCUGUGAUCUCCAUGACCACUGUUGGCUAUGGGGACAUGGUGCCUCGUAGCAUCCCCGGACAGGUGGUAGCCCUGAGCAGUAUCUUGAGCGGUAUUUUAUUGAUGGCCUUCCCAGUCACUUCCAUCUUCCAUACCUUUUCCCGUUCCUACAGUGAGCUAAAAGAGCAGCAGCAGCGAGCAGCAAGCAGGCAAAUGCACCAGCUGGAAGAAAGCACGAAACUCGCAGGUGGCGGCAGUUCCCAGUGGCUCACUGCUGCAUCCCCUCCAGAUGCUGCCAGGGAGGAUGGCCGGCCAGUGCUGGACCAGGAAGCCAAGAGAAGUUGUUGACUCUCCACAGCUAAAGGAGUGAGUUGGCAGCACAAGAAGCAGUGAACAUGAGGGGAAGGAUCAAUCUGCAAGCAGAACCUCCCAAACUGCAUAUAUUAGGGACAGACACACACGAGAUUGUCCCUUAAGAGCAACUUUCAAUCUUAGGGGCUCACUGAAAAGUGUCCCUAGAAAUUCUAUCAAGUACAGCUUUGCUCCAUCGCUAACUGUAGGGAAGCUCUUUUCUCCUGAGCACCUGUUUUUGUGAGUCCCUGGGAGCAGCCAGCCAGGAGGCCGUAGGAAGCACAGAGGGUGGCCGGGUGCUGCUGCUGGGCAGUGAGCAGCCACCUCCUCCCUGCCCCGCCACUGCCUGUGACGCUCCUCACGUGCACCCCCCGCCCUGAAAGUCUGUUCUAGCAGCCCUGCCAAGGAACCCAAGGAACGCAAACCUCAGACAACCAAAGGGAUGAGGAGAAGAGAAGGACAGAGGAAUCCCGUCAGCUCUCCAGGGGACUUGGUUUGCUCUCUUAGAAAUCAGCACUAUGGUCUGGGCUGCCAGCCGCCAGCUCCAACUUGUGCUGCUGCUCAGUAUGCAUUAUUUAGUAAAUAUGCGUAUGUACCACAGUAAGCUUUGUAUCUUAGCCCCAUGACAGAAAUAUACAUAGACAUCUUGCUGACUAUGGUACUGAAUGUUAAAUUGUUGGAUUCUUUUUCUUUGCUCACUGUAGAAUAUAACGAAUACCUUUAGAAAUCACAUUUCUCCACCUUCUUUUAAUUCUUUCCAUCUCAAAAACAUACUUAACAGAUGAAUAAGCCUCAAAUAUAUGCAGCCCAAAAAGGGGAGGGCAAUAUUAAGUCAGCAAUGGCUUCCAGCUCUGCGUGAUCUUCCCUCGUGGAGCUGUCAGUGAUUGCAGCCAUGUACAAACAGGGCUGGUCCAAGCUGCAGGAAGUCAGUGUAACUCCUCCAGUGAGCUCCGGCCCGAGCUGAGACCUGCAUUAGUUGUUCUUUUCUCCUACUAAGAAAAAGACAUUCCUCUCAUCUAAAAAUUAGAACUAUUAUUCUGGCUGUUCCUCUCAAUUUUCCAAAAAAAAUGCAGUCACUUGAAAGGGAAAAUGAAUCAUAUGGUAGCAUCCCCAUGUUUGCUGACUGCUGCCAUUCCCAUGAGUUCUGAGGUACUCUAGUGUGCAGUUUCAUGCUCAGAUGAGUUGUGCAGCUCUGCAUGCAUUUCAAAGGACUCUCACUUUCAGGGAGUGGGAGAUGGAGCACAGUUGCCUCCUGUGCCUACACCUCUGUUGGUAUUAGCAGAGCUGUAGGAACCAACCAUGGUGUCACCUUCCUGUUUGCCUCUUGCCAGGAAGGGAGCAAGAGCUGAUGUAUUAAAAGUGGGUUUUGUUGGGUUUUAUCAGCUUAUAUUAUAACGCCUACCCUACACUAUCAGACUUCUGUACUGAGCCAUUCCUUAUAGGAAUGGAGCAAGGGAAAAUAAAUGCUACACUUUAUUUUAAUAAAAAUUGGAACCUUUGUUGUCGAACAAGUGCAUCUGGUGGUGCUUACGAUUCAGGUGACGUGGGAGGUGGUGUUGGUGUAAAGGUGUGCAUCCCAACAUUCAGCCCCAGUCCCCUCCAACAAACCAAACACAGCUGCCUGCAUAGGGCUGCCAUCUGUGACCUGCCCACAGGGAUCUCAUCUGCUUGUGCCAGCAGAAGGGCCAGGGGAUGCAGGAUGCGGCUGGGGCUGACUCAGACUCCUGGCAAAUCAAUAUCAGCAAUUACAUUGCUGUGACUCACUGCAGAUUUUAAUUUUUUUAAUCCUGACACAGGAAUUUCUUGCAUUAAGGCUUAUUAAGGUUUGGCAUCAACACACAGCAUUGUGGCUGGCUAAGUGCACGCCAGCAAAGUGAAGAGUGUGCGUGGGCAUUGCAUGGCAUGGUGAUGGGGAGAGCAUUUGUAUGCUCCAUCUUCAGGUGAGCCCUGACAGAUUCAGCAGGCAAACACACAUCCGAAAGCAUUUCAUGGCAUUUUAUAUUCUAUGCACAUCACAUGCUGCUCAAAGCUUCAUAUCUGGCACGAAUGCAGUAAUCAGGCAGCCCUUUGUAGGGUGCAGAAUGCAUCUCCUUGGGCUGGUGAGGGCCAUGAAUCAACAGCAGUAUUAUCUUGCUCUUAAAAGAGCCAUCUUAGAGCAGAUAUCCUUGCAGAAUGAAGAGUUUCACGCAGGCAGUGCUAACAGAUAACCAUUAAUGCCUUUUUUGAGCCUACAGCAUGAAAAAACCUGCACUGAGACACCUAACUGCAUCUCGGCAGCUUUGUGGAAGAUGACACAUCGUAUUAUUGCUGUGCUCCAUUAAGUUGAUACAGCCCUACAGUAGUGAAUUCUUUGUAAUGUUGAACGACAUAUAAUUAAUUCC